CAAUUUUAAAUUUCAUUAAGUCGGACGUUAUUUUUGAAUUCUUUUUUCAUUUAGCUGUGAGAUAUUUUUUGUGCCCGUUUGCGCCAACCCAUUGUGUGGUGAUGUGUGGAGCGGUGUAACGCAGAGAUCAAUGCUGGCAAAAGUACUGCUCUCCAUCAAAAUCCGGUCGCAGUUUCAGUUUUCAUUUCAGUUAUAAGUUGAUUUCCGUCGCGAACAAACGUGCAUUUUGUGGAUUACGGACAGCGCGAUUAUCAAUUCGACACUUUAGAGAAUUAAAGAAUUACAGCAGAAAUAAUAGGAGCUUAUGUACAUGCAUGCAUACAUACAUACAUAUGUAGUUAAAAGCCGAAGUGAGUAGAUAACUGCUUAAGCAAAAGUUGUAUUGGAGUAGUUUUACCAACAGUCCGCAGUUCAACGACAAAAGCAAUCACCAGCACAAGUCGGAAAGCUCCAUACCAAAAGGAAUAAUAAAACACCAGUGCCAAAGAAAAUAGUGAAAACGCAUAAGAGGAGUAAGGGCACAGAGAACAGAAUCAGAGAAGAUCGUAAUAAGAAAAGUAGAAAAGUUAAAAGGCUGAGUGGAAGAAACCAUCGCGCACAAAAAAAAAAAACAAAAACAAAAAUAAUAAUCUUGUUUUUCGGGUCCGUCUCAAAUUCUUUUCAUUGAUUUAACAACCCGGUUCGCCUGUGUGCUCUCCCAGCAGACAACUUCUUGAUCAAUUGCUAUUUCAUUUUCAGCACCACACGCUCGGUUGGUUCGCUUCUCAUUUGCCGGUUUUACUUACUUUCGGACAACGUCGGCGAAAACGGGGGAAAACGAAAUACACAAACCAAAAAAGUAGGAGAAAAAUAUAAAAUACAAGCAGCAAAAAGUAAAAAGUAAAAAGCAAGAAACAACCAAAAUCCAAAAUUAUCAGCAACAAUAAUAAUAACAACGCUCAUAGCCUUCAGUUAGGUGCUCAGCAUCUCAACUUGACUUUUUCGGUAUUUUCGUUUUAAGACACAGCAACCAACAUUCGGCCGUCAGCAGUUAUCAACACAAGCGAAGCCAGUUAGAAAGUUACCAGUAGCACAGCAGCAGACUAUUAACCAAAAAAUUUAUUGCCGCUGCACGGAUUAAAACAAAACAUUCACGCUGGAUUUGGGAUACUACGAGGCUGUUAAAGCAUCACAAUAUGAACCGGGCGGUUACUCGUUGCAGGCACAAAAUCGCAAAGAUGCCACCAUGAACCAGCGUGAUGGCAUCAUCAAAUUCGAGAAUGAGCGCAUCAAAACGCUACAGGAGGAGCGGCUACACAUACAAAAGAAAACGUUUACAAAAUGGAUGAAUUCAUUUUUGAUAAAAGCAAAAAUGGAGGUCGAAGACCUAUUCACAGAUCUAGCCGAUGGCAUCAAAUUACUUAAGCUGCUGGAGAUCAUAUCGUCAGAGAAACUGGGAAAGCCAAAUAACGGUCGCAUGCGUGUUCAUAAAAUCGAAAAUGUCAACAAGAGUCUGGCAUUCUUGCACACCAAGGUUCGUUUAGAAUCAAUCGGUGCUGAGGACAUCGUCGACGGAAAUCCCAGAUUAAUUUUAGGUUUGAUUUGGACCAUCAUUUUGCGGUUUCAAAUACAAGAAAUUGAAAUUGAUGUGGAUGAAGAGAAUGAAUCAUCCGAGAAACGUUCGGCCAAGGAUGCGCUGCUAUUGUGGUGUCAACGUAAAACGCACGGUUACCCUGGCGUUAAUAUACAAGAUUUCACAUCGUCCUGGCGUUCUGGUCUGGGCUUCAAUGCGCUUAUACAUUCACAUCGGCCCGAUCUUUUUGAGUACAGCACAAUUGUCAACUCGAAAAACUCAAAUAUUGACAAUCUGAACCACGCAUUCGAUUUGGCUGCCUCAGAACUGGGCAUACCAAGUUUACUGGAUGCUGAAGACGUUGACUCUGCGCGUCCCGACGAAAAGUCCAUCUUGACAUACGUGGCUUCGUACUAUCACACAUUUGCUCGCAUGAAAAAUGAGCAAAAGAGCGGUAAACGUAUUGCCAAUAUUGUGGGACAGUUGAUGGAUGCUGACCGCAAAAAAAUCUAUUACGAGCGCCUAACAACAAAUCUCUUAAGUUGGAUCAGACUCAAAACGCUGGAAUUACAGCAAAGAGAUUUUCCCAAUUCGUUGGAGGGUAUACAGCGAGAAUUGCUGGCGUUCAAGGAGUACCGAACAAUUGAAAAGCCGCCAAAGUAUAAGGAACGCAGUGAAAUCGAAGCGCUUUACUUUACCAUUAAUACACUGUUAAAAGCACUAAACCAACCGCCCUACAACCCACAAGAGGGACAAUUGGUAAAUGAUAUUGAAAAGGCGUGGCAACUGCUCGAAUAUGCUGAGCACAAUCGUGAGGUUGCACUCCGCGAGGAACUUUUGCGCCAAGAGAAGCUCGAACAACUCAAUUACAAAUUUGAGAAGAAGUCCGUGCUGCGUGAGGGAUACCUGAAGGAGAUGAUUCAAGUGCUCUCCGAUCCGCGUUACUUGCGGCAAGUGGACGCUACUCUGAAGAAGCACGAAGCCAUUUCGGCGGACAUAUUGGCACGUGUGGAACGUUUUAACGAUCUGACCGCCAUGGCCAAUGAAUUGGAGCGUGAAAACUAUCAUGGCAAGGAGCGUGUGAAGAAACGCGAGACAGAAGUUAUGGAUAAGUGGCGAAAAUUACUGGAACUGCUUGAGAAUCAACGUUUGAAUUUGUCUCAAAUGAGCACACUCAUGAAUUUGUUACGCGAAAUCGCCAGCACAACUGAAGCGGUAAAGGAAUUGCAAACACAGUUUGCAUCCGAGGAUGUUGGCCCGCAUUUGUUGGGUGUAGAAGAGCUGCUGCAGGCGCAUUCGUUACAGGAACUUCAAGUGAACACAUUUGGCGAAACAUUGAAACGUUUCAACCGCCAAGCACAACCAUAUAGAACGUCUGAGCAAAAAGAUGCUGCGCUACUUGUGCAGCGUCUCGCUGAGCUGGAAGAGGCCUAUGCCAUUUUGCUGAAGUUAUGUGCAAAGCGACGCGCAUGUCUGGAGGAAGCGAGAAACUUUUACCAUUUCAUGGAAGAUUAUGACAAUGAAGAAGGUUGGCUAGUUGACAAACAACGUAUCUGCAAGACGGGUAUAACAGCUAAAGACUUGCGCGCGGUACUUUCGCUGCAGCAGAAGCACAAAGCUCUCGAGGAUGAAAUAAAGGUGCGAAAGCCGAAAUCGGCGCAGAUGUCAGACGCUGCCAAGAAGUUGAUUGGCGAAAAACAUCCACGUUCGCUAGACAUCAAAAGUCGUAUUGAGUCUUUGGCAGAGCAUUGGAAGGCUUUAGAAGAGUUGGUGGAGCUGCGUCGUCGCCAGCUUGAAGAUGCUGCCGAGGCGUAUCAAUUCUACACUGAUGCCAACGAGGCGGAAUCGUGGUUAAAUGAAAAAAUGGCUUUGGUGAAGUCAAAUGAUUACGGCACCGAUGAACCUUCAGCACAGGCGCUUCUACAGCGGCAUCGCGAUUUGCAGGGCGAAUUGAAUGCCUACUCUGGUGAUAUACUUAAUUUGAACCAACAGGCCGACAAGCUAAUUAAAGCCGGCAUCUGUACACUUGAGCUUUCAGCUGCUGAGCCAGAAAUGCCCGAAAUUGAGCAGGAAGAAUGGGUGAACGAGACCCGCCUUGUGCCAAAAGAGGUGUGGGAGGAUGAGUGGGUAGAGAAGCUGGAACAUAAGAAAGUUACGGAAAUGAAAUUAUUGCCACACGUCCGUUCAAUGUUUCCCUUCGAGGGUCAAGGUAUGAAAAUGGAUAAGGGUGAGGUGAUGCUGCUGAAGUCGAAAACCAACGACGAUUGGUGGUGUGUACGUAAAGAAAACGGCUUGGAAGGCUUUGUUCCGGCCAAUUAUGUGCGUGAAAUCGAUCCUCGCCCCGUGGCGUGCAUUGUGCCGAAAGCAGAAAAGGUCAAAACACUGCAGAAGGUGAAAAAGACUAUCUUGGUGCGCCAAGUCGUACCCGUCAAGCGUAUCAAACCAAUUGCAGCGCCUCCAAAACCACUAAUCAAGCGACGCGUUUCCUCGAACAGUAUUAACGAGAAUGCCGAUAGUGUAGAGAAGCGGCAAAAACGUAUAAACAGCACCUACGAUGAAUUACAGGAUACCGCACAGAAACGUCAUGCGCUACUCGAAGACUCUAUACAUCUUUUCGGCUUUUAUCGGGAAUGUGACGAUUUUGAGAAAUGGAUGAAAGAAAAAGAGCGCAUUAUUAAUUCGGACGAUGGUGAAGGUGUGGAGAAUGCAAAACGAAAGUUCGAAAAAUUCCUUACUGACUUAUCGGCGGCCUCGAAGCGCAUUGAGGAAAUCGAUGGUGCUGUUGAUAACUUCCGCCGUCAAGGGCAUUCCCAACUGGACAAAAUAAUUGCACGUCAACGACAGAUACAUCAAAUUUGGCAACGCCUGAAUAACGCAAAAGCGCAACGUGAAAAGAGUUUGGAAGGAGCAUCUAGUGUGGAUCUCUUCAAUCGUACAUGUGAUGAGGCUAAGGUUUGGAUGAACGAGAAGAUGAUCCAGCUGGAUACGGCUGUAAUUAGUCCAGAUUUGAAAACGGUGCAAGCGUUGCAGCGACGACACCAGAACUUGGAACGUGAGCUAGCACCUGUGGAGGAGAAAGUGAAUCGUGUUAACUAUCUGGGAAAUUCAGUAAAGAAUGCAUAUCCUGCGGAACGAAAUAAUGUAACGGCGCGACAACAGGAGGUGUUGGAUAUGUGGAAGCAGGUCCAUGGCAAAGGCAGUGAGUUGCGGGCGCGCAUUGAGAGCGCAGUUGGUCAACAAAUUUUCAACAACAGUGCAAAAACGUUGCUCGCUUGGAUCGAUUCCGUCAAAGAUCAGUUGAAUGCCGAUGAGUCAGCGCGUGACGUUGAAACGGCCAACAACCUACUGAAGAAACACAACGAUUUAGGCGACGAUAUCAAGGCUCAUGACAAUGAAUUUGUUGAGGUCAUUAAUUUAGGAAAGCAACUGUCCGAUGGAAAACCGAAUAUGGAAGAGACCGUAAAAAUCAUUGAUCGUCUAAAGGCCGAACAAGAUGCUAUACACCGCGGUUGGGUGGAGAAACAGAAAUGGUUACAACAAUGCGUUGAGCUACAAAUAUUUAAUAGGGAAGCAGACAAAAUCGAUGCAACCACAAAAAGCCAUGAAGCUUUUCUCGAAUACAAUAAUUUGGGUAAUUCUCUCGAUGAAGUGGAAGCUAUACUGAAGAGACAUCUUGAUUUUGAAAAGAGCCUAAUGGCUCAGGAUAAAAUUCUCAAAGGUUUUUCUGACAAUGCCGACAAAUUGAUUGCCAACGACCACUACGAUAAAAAAUACAUCGAUGACAGACGCAACCAAGUUUUGGGCAAAAGGAAAGCGGUGGAAGACCGUGCCUUUGAGCGCAAGCGUUCACUUCAAGCCUCGAAAGACUACCACAAAUUCGCUGCUGAGGCUGACGACCUUGCCGUGUGGUUGAGCGACAAAACCAAGAUCGCCGGCGAUGAAAGUUAUCGUGAUCUUACCAACCUGCCACGUAAGCUGCAGAAACACAAAGCUUUCGAGCGUGAACUAAGAGCAAAUGAAGGUCAAUUGCGCAACAUAAAUAAGGACGGAAAGGCACUGAUAGCCGCAAAUAAUCGUGUGCCUGCAGUGGAGAGUAGAAUGGUCGAUUUGAAUCAAAAGUGGAAAGACUUAUUAUUGCUCUCAGAAGAUAAGGGACGCAAGUUGGAGCAAGCCGUGUCACAGCGUGAACACAACCGUGCUAUUGAUGAUGCUAAACAGAAAGUGGCCGAAUUAGAUGCUGCCUUGAAGAGUAGGGACGUUGGUAACGAUUUACGUAGCUGUAAGGAUUUGAUCAACAAACAUCAGUUACUCGAGUCCGAGAUAACGGUAUGGGAGCAUAAGAUCGUCGAACUGGUUAGUACUGGAGACGAGAUGGCACAUGAGGGUCAUUUUAAUGCAGUCCACAUCAAAGACGAAACAAAGGACAUUCAAAAUCGCUUCAAAUUAUUGCGCGGACCAGUACAGAAGCGUCGUGAAGAACUUGAAGAGAGCUUGAACUACCACAAAUUCGUCUUUGAAUUGGACGCCGAAUUCCAGUGGAUCAAUGAUCACAUGCCAGCAGCUAAGUCUAAGGAAUUAGGACAAAAUCUGCACCAAGCACAGACUCUUUCGAAGAAACAUAAAAAACUCGAAGCCGAAAUUAAAGGCCAUCAGCCCAUGAUCAACAAAGCUUUGCAGUCAGGACAAACGCUGAUUGCACAAAGUCACCCUGAAAAAGAGAACGUGAAGGCAUUGUGUGCAAAGUUAGAAGAUGCCUGGGCAGACUUAGAGAGUGAUUCAAGUGAUCGCGGUAAGAAGCUGGAGAUGUCAUUGAAGGCGCAGCAGUACUUGUCCGACGCCGGGGAGAUUGAAUCAUGGUUGGGUGAGAGAAGCAAUGCACUGCGCUCCACUGAGUAUGGGCGCGAUCGCGAUUCAGCCGCUAAAUUGCUGACCAAACACAAGACAAUCGAACUGGAGCUGGACACGUACUCUGGUAUUGUUACCGAAAUGGGGCACAAUUGUGCCGCCAUGGUAGCCGCCGGACAUCCGGACAGUAAAAUUCUUACUGCGAAACAACAACUUAUCGACAAAAUGUUAAAGUCACUGCAUAAGUUAGCUUCACAACGCCAAAUGCGUCUAAUGGAGAGCCUCUAUAUGCACGAAUACUUCUUGGAAUCCGAUGAGGUAGAGCAAUGGAUUAAGGAGCAAGAACAAGCAGCAUCAUCCGAGGACUACGGACAAGACUAUGAACAUCUUCAGCUGCUUCAAAACAAGUUUGACGACCUAAAACAUCGUGUUGAAAUAGGCUCUGAUCGUGUGAACCAGUGUGAAGUAUUGGCCAAGAAACUUAUCGACACCGAGAGUCCAUACGCCACAGAUGUUGAGAAGCGCCAGGAACAACUAAGGGAAUCUUGGGAAAAUCUGCUGAAAUUACUAAAUCAACGGGAGCAAAAGUUGCAUGCUGCGGGUGAAAUUCAUCGUUUCCAUCGCGAUGUUGCCGAGGCACUUUUCCGUAUUCAAGACAAAAAUGCAGCACUCUCCUCGGAGCUGGGCAAAGACUUGAACUCAGCUUUGGCACUUUUACGAAAACAUGAAGGUUUCGAAAAUGACCUCGUCGCUUUGGAAGCGCAACUACAGGUUUUGGUUGAAGAUUCUGUUCGUCUUCAAGCAAAAUAUCCCUCGAACGCUGCUGCCAUAGCUCAGCAACAAGACAAGGUUGUGGCAGCUUGGAAUGAUUUGAAAGAGCGCUCAGGAGCUCGCAGCGAUCGGUUAGCCGCUAGUUCGGAUCUACAAUCCUUCUUAACAGAUGUGCGUGACAUUAUGUCUUGGUCGUCCAAUCUACGUGCUGCUCUGCAGGCUGAAGAGCAUGUCAGCGAUGCUGCUGGUGCGACAGCGUUGAAGAUCCAGCAUGAUGCUAUAUAUGGUGAAAUUGAAGCACGAGAGGAUAAAUUCCGUUACUUGAAUGAAUUGAGCGAUUCUAUGGUGCAAACUGGCCAUUAUGCUGCCGCAGAAGUAGAGGAAAAAUGCGCCGCUAUGUUGGACGAACGUCAGAAGUUGCAUGCGGCAUGGAACAAGAAGAAGAUAAUGUUGGAGCAGAAAAUUGAUUUGUUCUGUUUCUUACGCGAUGCGAAGCAGAUCGACAAUCUUUCUAGUUCCCAACAGGCAGCGCUCAGCAGUUCCGAUUUUGGUCAAACCGUCGAAGAUGUUCAGAACCAGAUAAAGAAGCACGAUGAAUUCGAACGUCUCAUUCAGACGCAGGAAGAAAAAGUGGCCUUGUUGCAGGAGCAUGGCCGCAAACUUAUUGAGCAACGCCAUUACGAUAGCGCAAAUAUUCAAACCAUCCUACAAGGUGUUUUAGCGCGCCGACAAAAAGUAAAAGAUCUUUGCGCCGUGCGUCGAUACAAAUUGGAAGACGCGCUCUUGUACGCCCAAUUCGUACGUGAUUGCGCCGAAGCUGAAUCGUGGAUAAAUGAAAAGGAGAAAAAACUUGAAGCUGAUGCAGCCAGUUACGCUGAAGUGUCCAAUCUAGAUGAAAAGAUAAAGAAACUCCAAAAGCACCAGGCCUUCCAAGCCGAAGUUGCUGCCAAUCAAGGUCGAAUACAAGAAAUACAGGAAACCGGCAUGAUUCUUUUGACUAAACAGCACGAAUCUUCGUUGGAAAUCAAACAAGCAGUGGAACGAGUCGUGGUCGCCUGGAAGAACCUACUCGAGGAGUUGGACAACCGGGGACGAGGUCUCGAGGAAGCUCAAGACAUAUUGGAGUUCAAUAAUCAGCUAGACAAGAUUUCCGCCUGGAUUCGGGACAAGGAAAUGAUGAUUCAAGCUAGUGACACCGGUCGAGAUUUGGAGCACUGCAAUGCGCUGGAACGCAAAUUGGAUGAUGUAGAUUCAGAUAUGCGGGUCGAUGAUCAACGAGUGAAGCACAUCAAUAACUUGGCUGAUAAGCUUAUUAGUCAAGGUGAAGUACCAGCAGAAACUAAGCGUAUUGAUAAACGACGUCGCGACUUUAACAGCAAAUGGCGUGACCUCCAAGGUGCACUAAGCGCCUAUAGGGCUCUUCUUGGCGAAGCCAAUGAAAUUCACGUUUUCAACCGCGAUGUCGACGAUACAGCUGAUCGUAUUGCCGAAAAAGCACUGGCCAUGAGUUCCGAUGAUACUGGUCGUGAUUUGGCAGCCGUGGAAACUCUUAUUCGUCGCGAGGAUGCACUGGAGCGCGAUAUGUCGGCGGUGAAACAGAAGAUCGGCGAGCACGAACUAGUUGCGCAGACUCUACUGAAGCGUUAUCCUGAUCGCGUCAAGGACAUUGAGCAGAAAAUUGACGAGCUUCGUACAUCAUGGCAAAAUCUACAAGAUUUAUCAAUUAAACGACGCGCUAUUCUCAAUGAUGCUUAUUUGGUGCAUAAAUUCGUCUCUGACAUAAAGGAGUUGGAGCUCUGGGUGAACGACAUGAUAAAGAAAAUGAAAGCCGCACAAGCGCCGAUGACAAUAAGCGAUUGCGAGACGCAAUUAGAGUUACACCAAGAACGCAAAGUGGAAAUUGACGGACGUGAUAAGGCAUUUAAUGACUUAAAGGCACAUGGAGAAACACUCAGCGGUAUGAAGAAACCAGCAAACGUCAAACAGUACUUGACGAUACUUGAGGAUUUACAUAGCACAUUGCACGAGGCAUGGAAUGAACGAGCCAGAGAUUUGACCGAAGCACAUCAACUGCAUUUGUUCAAGGCUCAGGUGGAGCAAGUGGAAAUCUGGUUGGCUAACAAAGAAGCCUUCCUAAACAAUGAUGACUUAGGUGAUUCAUAUCCCGCCGUGGAACGUCUGAUUAAAAAGCACGACGCAUUUGAAAAAUUGUUGGACUCAGACAACGUAACGGAACUGCAGAAGUUCGCCAAAAGCAUUUUGGAGGGUGAGCCGAAAGAUGCAGAUGUCAUAACAGAGAAAUUGAAUUAUGUGCUCCGACGAAAGGAGAAGCUAAACGGGUUGUCACAGGAACGUAAGCAAAAGCUGAUACAAUCACUACAACUGCACGAGUUUCUUCGUAGUUUAUACGAAAUCGAUCGUUGGCUGGUGCAAAAGAUGCAAGUGGCGCUAGACGAAAACUACCGCGAACCGAACAAUUUGCAAAGCAAAAUACAGAAACACACCACAUUCGACAGUGAAUUGUUGACAAAUGCAUCGCGUGUUAACGACGUAAUAAAUGAAGGGGAACGCCUCAUCAAGGACGAACACUUUGCGAAGGAGGAAAUAGCCCAACAGCUGAAGAUGCUUGAAAGUGAUUGGAGCAAACUGAAAGCAGCAUCUAAAGAGAAAAAAGAAAAACUCAAUCAAGCUUACGAAGCGCAAGCAUUCAAUCGCAGCCUGGACGAGUUCAAUAACUGGAUGGACGAAGUUGAGUCGCAUUUGUCGAGUGAAGAUUACGGCAAAGAUUUGGCCACAGUAAAUCAUUUAAUUAAGAAACAUGAGCGCCUUGAAGCCGACGUAGCCCACCAUAACGACCUGGCUGAUCAAAUCAAACAAACCGAUGAAAAAUUCUUCCAAGCCGAUCAUUUCCUUAAAGAGGAAAUACACGAGCGCGCUAUGGCAACAAUCAAGCGCUAUCGUACAAUGCACGAACCCAUUACUAUACGCCGCGAAAAUCUCGAAGAUUCUUUGAGUCUUCAACAAUUUCUUCGAGAUGCGGAAGAUGAAUUGCAAUGGUUAACCGAAAAGGAGGCAAUAGCCAAUUCUCAAGAUUUGGGCAGUAGCCUAAUAGCUGUGCAAGUACUUCAAAAGAAACAUCAGGGACUUGAGGCUGAGAUUAUCUCUCAAGAACCGCUAAUUAAGGCACUGAUACAGCGUGGACAACAGAUGAUACGCGACGACCAUUUCGCUAGUGAACAGGUGCAAUACAAAUGCGACUUGCUACAAAAGAAACUAGUAAAUCUUCGAGACGUCGCCAGUAUACGCAGAUUGCGACUUUUGGAUGCGGUGGAGAGUCAAAUGUUUUAUGUGGAGGCGAACGAAGCAGAAGCAUGGAUACGCGAAAAACGACCAAUACUUGCUUCCAGCGACUACGGUCGUGAUGAGACCUCAGUGCAAUCGCAUCAAAAGAAGCUCGAAGUUUUGCAACGUGAGCUGAUCGCGUUUAAGAGUUCGAUAGAGAAGGUCAACAAACUUGCCACCGGCCUUGUUGAACGUAAUCACUUCGAUAGUGAUAAUAUCUCCGCAAAGAAUGAUACAGUGACUAAACAAUACGAAGAGUUGUUGCGAUUGGCUAAAGACCGGGAAGUGCGUUUAACCGAAUGCAAGAAAUUGUUCGAGUACUUGCGUGAGGUGGAAGAUUUGCACGAAUGGAUUGGUGAUCAGAUGGCAGUCACCGCGUCCGAGGAUUAUGGAGAGGACGUUGAGCAUGUUGAACAAUUAAUUUUGGCGUUCGAGUCUUUCGUAUCUAAUCUAAAUGCUAACGAAGGACGCGUGCAAGCUUGUUUAGAGCAUGGUGAUGAACUUAUCAAAGAAAACAACCCUUACCGUAAUUCAAUUAAAACCAAACGCGGUGAGACCAAACAGUUAUGGGAAGAGCUGAAGGAUCUAGUCAAUGCACGUCAGGAUGCACUGGCUGGUGCAAAGCAAGUACAUGUCUACGAUCGCGUGGCCGAUGAAACGAUUUCCUUGAUCAACGAGAAGGAGGCUUCACUUAUAUCUGAGGAUUACGGGCAGGAUUUGGAGAGCAUCCAAGCUUUGAGCCGCAAACACUCAGUUUUUGAAGGCGAACUUGUCGCAAUCAAGGAACAGGUGGAUACAGUGCUUAUUGAGGCAACCAAAUUAGGAGAAAUCUAUCCCGACGCAAGGGAGCACAUCGAAGUGAAACGCGAUGAGACUGUGGAGGCAUGGACCGACCUGAUGGAGAAGACGAAUGCACGCAAAGAAAAAUUGCAACAGGCAGAGCAUUUACAGUCCUACUUUGAUGAGUAUCGUGACUUAAUUGCCUGGAUCAAUGAAAUGCUGGCUAAGAUCACAGCACCAGAUCUGGCGACAACAGUUGCGGGCGCAGAAUCGCUGUUGGCAAGUGUGAAAGAGCACCACGCUGAAAUACAUGCGCGUGAUGAGACCUUCGCUAACUUCACUGCAAAUGGGAAGAAGUUAAUUAACGAAAAGCAUUUCCUUGCGCAUGAAAUUGAAGAGAAGAUUCAGGUACUGCAGCAACGACACGAACUUUUGAAAAAUACGCUGCAACAACGCAAAGAAAUUUACGAACUUAACUUGGAUACACAAAUCUUUCUUAAGGACGCAGAGAUCCUCGAAAACUGGAUAAUAAGUCGCGAGCCCCUAUUAAAAGAUGCCAAACUGGGCGAUUCGAUACCACAAGUUGAAGAUUUAUUGCGCCGUCAUCAAGAUUUCGAAAAGACCGUCGCCGCGCAGGAGGAGAAGUUCCAAGCCAUCAAGCGCAUUACAUUGCUUGAACAGCGAUUCCGCAAACAAGUUGAAAGCGAAAAAUUAGCCAAACAGAAAGAGAAAGAACGCUUAGAGAAGGAACGACUAGAGAUGCUGAAGCAGAAAGAAUUGCAACGACUCAACGAUGAGCGAAGACGCGCCGAAAAGCAAUUAGAAAACCGCCAAAAUGCUGCUGCACAAGAAAAGACACCAAUCUUUUCAACGCCCAUGGUCACUGUGAACACCAACAAUGCCCCACAAUCACCGGCCGUUUCUGUCACAUCGCCAUUGCGUUCACCCUUCGACGAGGAUCAGUAUUCAUUGCAGAAAAGCAGCUCCAGUGGCAUGUUCGGUGAUCGCUUACGUCGCGGCUCGGACACAAAUGUGAAGCGUGCCGAGAGUAUGAAGGUCCAACAGAAGCCACCAAAGCGCACACCAUCAUUCACCACACGUCGUCGUGCUCAAUCGUUCCGCAAGAAUCAGAAAGGUGAAGGAUUCGAUCUACCACCUGUCGAAAUACAGGGAAUGCUGGAACGUAAGCAUGGCUUGCAAUCGGGUGGUAAGAAGGCACCAGUGAGGUCCUGGAAACAAUUCCAUACAGUGCUGUGUGGCCAACUCUUGUGCUUCUUCAAGGAUGAAAAUGAUUUCCUACAACAGAAAACAGCGAAUGCACCAGUCAAUAUUCUCGGCGCCAAAUGUGAACGUGCCGAAGACUACACCAAGAAGAAGUACGUAUUCAGGUUGAAGUUGCCCGAUGGAUCCGAAUUCCUGUUCGAAGCGCCGUCGUUGGAAAUAAUGAACGACUGGGUGCGUAAGAUAUCUUUCCAUGCUAGUCUGCCACCAAAUCUACAACUGCUGAGUUACGACGAAUCAAUGAAGCAACAGUCGAACAGUUUCCCAGAUAUUAAAAUUGCCAGUAGUCAGAUAGAAUCGCCGGUAAGCUCGCGAACAUCGUCACCGGACUCGCAAAGACGUGCCAUCUCACGCAACGACUCGAUCAACAGCGGCAUGUCGGCAAGCUCCGCGACACCACAAAUGAAUUUCCUGCAAAAACAAAUGCAACAGCAGCAGUUGCAACAACAGCAACAAAGGACAUCACCAUCCUCACCUACGGCAUCAUAUGGUUUUGAGCAGAAGCCACCAAUACCACCCAGAGGUGCACCACCACCAGUGCCACACCGUCAAAGUACCGAGAAUCUAGUGGUACUGAGAAAUCGCAACAACUCCAGCAAUGAUUUGAGUGAAGCUAAUUACGGCGGCAGCUCAUCGCGAUUGCAAUCCUCCACUUUACCCGCAGGCAUUUCCGGCUUCCAAAACGGUUCAAAUGACGACAAUGUUGUGCUUAAACGCAAUAGUGAGGCCAGACAAUCAGAAAAUCCUCCACCUUUGCCUACAACUAUGCCACCUGUGGGAAGUACCCAUUCGCACCAUCCGCAAAUUCAACAGCGUAUAAAUGCUUUAAACGCGGCAGCAAUGCAGCAUCCGCAUCACCACCACCAGCAGCAGCAGCAGCAACAACAACCGGAACUGCACUCGUCACAAGGCAACUACAUGCGCACUCAACAGCACCUAAUAGCGCGCACGCCCGUUGCAAGUGGACGCAUGGACGCCUCGCGAAAGUUCAUAGAGGUGGAGUCGAGCGGUAUCGGCAGUCCGCCGACCGUUAAAGCCGCCAAGCGCACUAUACACACAACAAUUUCGACCAGCUCGAAUUCGAGUGGCGGUAGUAACAGCAACACCAACGUUAACAACAAUAACAACAACAAUGGUUGGGGCACAUCACGUUUUGAUGGCAAUCGUCCAGUCUCUCUACAGCCAGACUCUAUAAGUUUUUCCCGCGUGUCUGCGGAAAGUUCCAGCGAAAGUGAAGCUCAGUCCAUUUCUUCCGUAUCUGGUGUGAAGGGAAGCAAAAGCAAAGAGGAGCGCCGCAGUGGCAUGUUCCGGAUAUUUGGCCGCAAAGGUGGCGAUAAAGAAAAAGAAAAGGAGAAACGCCGCUCAAGCCAAACACCACAGUAGUUGAACGAAACUUCUAUUUGAAAAGUUGCAAUACGAUGCAAAUUAUCAAAACGAACGAACGUUGCAAAAAUUAAGUGACGAAAUCAUACGCAAAUGUACCAAUUUGAAGCGUAAUUUACGAGCGAGCGAAAUUUACAACCGGCAUUGAUUUGCAAUAGAAAAACAUGUUUAGAAUAUGGCUGAGCUAGCCAAAUUGCCGGUGUAGAGAAGAAAAUUUAUUUAUUUUAUUACUAUUAACUUUUAUGAAAAAAUAUUCACGUUGUUAUUUUAUAUAUAAAUAUAUAUAUACAUACAUGCAUGCCUACUUACAUAUUUUCUAAUUAAUAAAACCUAUUAAGUCAGCAA